GUCCUACUUAUCCUUUGCCACCCAGCAUAAACCACCAACGAGGCAGAGAAGAAGAGCGAUGAAAAUGCAGGAAGUAAUUAAUUAGCUACGGAGAGUCAGUCAAGAAAACUGAUGUACUUUCAAGGCUACGAUGUCCUGCUUUGAGAGUGAUAAGAGCAGCCUGGAGAAUGAUGAAGGGUGUUGUGGUGGGGCGGCCGCGUCACAGCUGUCCAACUGUGCGCUGGCCAUGCUGGAGAAAGAGGGCAACGACUCUGUGCUGAGCCCCACGGAGAGUACCCCCACCAGCCUACAGGGCGGCGCCCCACUGCAAGGCUACGACGUGGAGUUCGACCCUCCGCUGGAGAGCAAGUACGAGUGCCCCAUCUGCCUCAUGGCCCUGAGGGCAGCCGUGCAGACGCCGUGCGGCCAUCGCUUCUGCCGCAGCUGCAUCGAGAAGUCCAUCCGUGAUACAGGGCAGAGGUGUCCAGUGGAUAACGAGGUACUACGGGAAGACCAGCUGUUCCCAGAUAACUUUGCCAAGCGGGAGAUCCUCUCCCUAACGGUCCGCUGCACCAACGUAGGCUGCACUGACAAAAUGGAGCUUCGCCGUCUGGAUGGCCAUGUUACCAAAUGUGAGUUUGCCACCGUGCCGUGCCCGCAGUGCCAGGACGCGGUGUGGAAGAGCCAGCUGGAGAUGCACCAAAGCCAACACUGCCAGCGGAGACCUGUGUCCUGUCCCGACUGUGUAGAGAGCUUUGUUUACGAGGACAGCAAGAUUCAUGAGUCGCUGUGUCCCUUUGCCAACGUGGUGUGUCAGUACUGCGGUAUGGAGCUCAUCAGAGACCAGUUGGAAUCUCACUAUGACACAGACUGUCCGAAGGCUCCGAUCGCCUGUACCUUCAGCACUUUUGGAUGUCGAGAGAUGAUGCAGCGCAAUGACCUGGCGCAGCACAUGCAGGAGUUCACUCAGAUGCACAUGCGCUGCAUGGCUGAGUACCUGCACAGGCACAGCCUUACCGGGUACACCCAGCCACCACCUUCUGAGAACCGAGGGGCUGCCGCUGCAGAGCAGGGGGCACAAGCAGGAGCUAGCAGCAGUGGCGCCCCCUGCCAGUGCUGCGGGGAACUGCAGACCAUGCGGGAGACCACCCAGCAGCUGGAGGGCCGUCUAGUGCGGCAGGACCACCAGCUACGUGAGCUGAGCAUUCAGGCGGGCCUGGUGGCAGAGCUCCGUCGUAAGGUCACUUCGCUGGAGGAGAACCUAAAGGAGCUGGAGGCCAAGCAGUGCCAGGGCGUGUACGUGUGGCCCUUGGAGGGCUUCUCAGGCUACCUGCGUACCCAGGCUGCCGGACAGCCCGUUGUGGUGCACAGCCCAGGCUUCUACACGGGCCGGCCGGGCUACAAGCUGUGUCUGCGCCUCCACCUCCAAACGCCCUCGGCCCAGCGCUGCUCCAACUACAUCUCACUGUUUGUUCACACCAUGCAGGGUGAAUUUGAUGGGCAGCUGUCGUGGCCCUUCCAAGGCACCAUCCGGCUGGCCGUGCUGGACCAAGGGCCUGAGGGCCAGCACCAUGUGGAGGUGAUGGAGACCAAGCCUGACCUGCAGGCCUUCCAGAGGCCCACCAUCCAGAGGAACCCCAAGGGCUUUGGCUACGUCACCUUCCUGCACCUGAUGGAGCUGCAGCAGCGGGGGUUUGUGCACGACGAUACGCUGCUGGUGCGCUGUGAGGUGACGCCGCGCUUCGACACCGCCCUAAGGCGCGAGGGGGCGGCCAUGCAUCCCAGAGGGCCCGAGGCCUCGCUGUGAGGACCCUUUUAACGUUCAAGCGACGAGGUCAAUCGCCACCAACGUUAUCAGUACAAAGUAUCAGUUUGCCAUUUUCCUGAGUUCUUGUAUCGCACAGGAUCAUUGCAUUGGGUUCAGUCAUGACCAACCUCAUGGGAAAGUGUACUGCUCACUUGUGGGUUUUAUCUCCAACUCCAAAAGGCUUUUCUUUGCUGUAGCUUUUGAGAGUGAUGGACUGGAUGUUGGUGGCGAUUAACACCAAGGUUUCCUGUAACAAGUCGAGAGCUUGGGUCUAUGUGGUUUUAUCUGCAUUUUUGUCAAAAUUGAGUUAUUGACAUUAGCCUUACUCUGUUCAAUGUUCUCUACCUAUAUAUUACUCUAAAUACCCCAAUUCAUGUUAAGUUCAAAAGAAUACAAGAUAAAAAAUAGCUGACACCAUUCAAACCAAUGUGGGUUCAGAACUUUAAAGCCGAUCUCACAAUCAUCUAUUUACAGACAGAACAUUCUAGUCCCAAGCUCUGUGUUCCAUCACUUAUCCAGCAAUGUGUCGCUGGCGACUGUACUGCUCCAAUAGAUAGGAUUUUAAAAUGUCUUAUGAUGCCUACAUUAGGUUGUAAUAAACAUGACUUUGGUUUCAGUGCAUCAUUCUUUGUAACCGCUUUGUAGCGGAGACCGGGAAAGUCUCGUUAAAUAUCAUAACAUAUUAGAGUUUAUGAUAUUUAUGUCAAGCUCAAAGUCAUGUUUAUGUCAACUUUAUGUUGGCAUUAAAGAAGCCAAUUCAAAUAAGAUGUUACCAGAAGUGUAUUUCUGUUGGAGAUUAGGAAGGUGACAGAGAGUGAUGUAGGACAGAGAGAUACUCAAUCAAAUGAAUCCUUUUAGUGCUUUUUACAGAACACAGCGAGGACUGGGGCAGGACCAUCUGUAAGUGGGAGAUGACCAGAGGCAGAACUGCCUAUCAACUUAUUGUACAUCCUGGAUGACAGAGUCAGGAUCACUGGCAUUUCACUGGUCUUCUGGUUGGAGGAUCAUACAAGGAAGAUGGGGCAACAUUCCAACCAGGGUCUUUUGUCUGGGAUAAUGUGGUAUGAUGUGGCAUCUCUAAGACCUCUUCUGGAGAAGAGAUUUCCUGAACAAUGGCUGUGAGUUACGACAUACAAUAAGCAGUGACAUAUGAAUGAGUUGGUAUACACAGUGGUGUAAAGUACUUAUGUAAAAAUACUUAACUACUACUUAUGUUUUUUUGUUGUUGGCGGUAUCUGUACUUUACUAUUUAUAUUUUUGACAACUUUUACUCCACUACAUUUCUAAAGAAAAUAAUGUACUUUUUACUCCAUACAUUUUCCCUGACACCCAAACGUACUCGUUACAUUUGGAAAUGCAGGACAGCAAUAUGGUCCAAUCAUGCACCUAUCAUUUUGUUUUACCUUAAUUGUAACAGGGAAGAAAAUGAGACCUAGGUUUCUUUUCCAAAUGUGCCCUGUAUAAUACAAUAUAAAUAUACACAUUAUACAGAACAUAUUACAAUACAAAACACAGUCAUGUUAAGCACUAAUAAGACAUCACAAAUCAUUCAGAAAAAGUUACAUUCCUCCACAAGUAAGUCCCCAAUCAAUAUGUUAAAUUGCCUCAAACAGCACCAGAACAUCAAAAUGAAAUGUAUUUAUAUUUUUUGGGGCGAUACGGUGCAUUUAAGCUAAAACCAGAUUUACCUAGCUCGGUGGAGACCCUAGGAACGUCGAGUUAACGGGUUAGGCAACUCUGGUGUCUAUACUUCAAAAGCUAAGUUAGAUAAGACGGACGUUUAUGAAGUAGGGCCUUGUAAACAAAAAGGGAGUAAUGUAGAGAUCUACGGGUCUUUAGCGAAGUCCAGCCAACCUUUUGAUACAGGAUGCAGUGUUGUGAUGAGUAUCACAUCUGUGGGCUGUAACAACGAAGGGCAUUAUGGUAGAUGGAAUCCAUAUCUUUAAGAGUAGUAGCAACUGCACUUUGAUAAAUAAUCACCAUAAUCAACAGUUAGAAAGGUUGACUGAAUAAUCUGCUUCCUACUGCUGAGAGAAAGGCACCAUCGGUUUCUGUAGAAAAAAGACAGCUUUAAGUCUUAGCUUCUUAACCAGCUCAUCUGUUUUUUUUAAACGUCAAAUCCAUAUUAAUCCAAAUGCCUUAUUAUUUAUAUGUGGGAACACGUUUGAUUGGAGAACCAUCUAAUGAGCGAACAUGUAGUUCAUCUGAAACAUUCUUACGAGAGUUUAAAAACAUGUAUUUAGUUUUGUCCAUAUUAAGCACAAGUUUUAAAUUGGCAAGAGAUUCCUACAUAGCUAUAAAAUCUGACUAGUUUUGACACAGCCAGAUCAAUAGGGGAGGCGGUAGCCUAGUGGUUAGAGCGUUGGACUAGUAACUGGAAGGUUUCUAGAUCGAAUCCCUAAGCUGACAAGGUAAAAAUCUGUCGUUUUGCCCUUGAACAAGGCAGUUAACCCACUGUUCCCUGGUAGGCCGUCAUUGUAAAUUAGAAUUUGUUCUUAACUGACUUGCCUAGUUAAAUAAAUAAAAUAGUCGGGGCAAUAGAGUACGUAAUAGUAUCAUCCACAUAUAGAUGAAGUUAACAGAUUGACCAAUGGUGUUAAUAUAAAUAGUAAAUAGAACAGGUGCCAAAAUCGGGAUUUGCCAGUUUUUCAGAAUUUACACGGGUUCCCAUUACAAUCCAAAAGAGCAGUUGCAUAAUCCGAUUUAGCCUUGCUGAUUUGUCUUGCACAAUAAUUCCUCAGUUGCUUAAAGCUUGCCAGUCUGGGCCUACUCCUGUGUUCCUGGCCUUGACCCAAGCGUCAUCUCUUUUAUAAAUGACUUCUGAUAAUUCUGGAGUGUACCAGGCAUUCCAUCUACCUUUAACCCUUCAUUCUUUGAAGGGAGCAUGAUUAUCCACAAUAGUAUUGAAGACAUCUGCAAAAAGGCUGAAAGCUAAAUCAUGUUGAUGGAUAGCUGAAAUACAAUCAAAGUCACUAAAAUAAAGAUUAAAAGCCUGUUCACUUAAGUUUUUAAAGUUCCUCUUAGUGUUCAGAUGACGCUUAGAUUUCUGUAGUCUCACAUCUCUAACAGUUAGUUGUAGUCUCACAUCUCUAACAGUCAGUUGUAGUCUCACAUCUCUAACAGUCAGUUGUAGUCUCACAUCUCUAACAGUCAGUUGUAGUCUCACAUCUCUAACAGUCAGUUGUAGUCUCACAUCUCUAACAGUCAGUUGUAGUCUCACAUCUCUAACAGUCAGUUGUAGUCUCACAUCUCUAACAGUCAGUUGAUUUUCUUUUCUUAUUUCCCCCCCUCCCCCUUUUCUCCCCAAUUUCGUAAUUUCCAACUACGAUCUUGUCUCAUCGCUGCAACUCCCCAACGGGCUCGGGAGCGGCUAAGGUCGAGUCAUGCGUUUUCCGAAAUAUGACCCGCCAAACCAUGCUGCUUAAUUAAACACCUGCCAGCUUGGAGGAAACACCGUCCAACUGACGACUGAAGUCAGCCUGCAGGCGCCCAGCCCGCCACAAGGAGUCGCUAGAGCCAAGUAAAGCCCCCCCCCGGGCAAAUCCUCCCCUAACCCAGAUGACACUGGGCCAAUUGUGCUCCGCCUUAUGGGACUCCGGUCACGGCCGGUUGUGAUACAGCCUGGGAUCAAACCCGGGUCUGUAGUGACACCUCACUGCGAUGCAGUGCCUUAGACUGCUGUGCCACCCGGGAGGCCCUGGCAAUGGGCAGUUUCAAUCAAUACCAGAUUAUCGGGAUUCACCUGCAUAGCCCAGAUCUUGAUGUAAUCCAGAUUAGGAAUAAACUCCUAUUGUUCAGAUGCAUCAACCCAAGUCCAACUCUAACUCAAACAAGCUACGUUCAAUAGAUGGUUGCAGGCCCUGUCUGAUGGUUGAUACUGAUAUAGUUGGUAUGGCUAUCAGAUUGCAUAGAACUGCACCAUUUGGUCUAUCCCUAUUAGUAAUAGACGAAGGAGUACAAAUUGGAUAUAACGCAUUGUCAUCCCUACUGCCUCUGAUCUGGUGGACUCACCAAACACAAAUACUUUGUUUGUAAAUGAUGUUGGAGUGUGCCUUCUGUCCGUAAAUGAAAACAACAAACAAGAAAAUGGUGCCGUCUGCUUUAAUAUAAGAAAUUUGAUGUGUAGCAUUUACUUUCGAAUUUUUGUUAAUUAUUUAAAAAUAUCAGAAUUGACUACUUUUUACACCACGGUAUUUAAGUACAUUUUAAACCAAAUACUUUGACUUUUAAUCAAGUAGUAUUUUAGUGGGUGACUUUCACUUUUACUUGAGUCAUUUUCUAUUAAGAUAUCUUUACUUAUACUCAAGUAUGACAAUUGAGUACUUUUUCCACCACUGGGUAUACAUAAGGCAUUCAUAAGACAUUUAUGAAACCAGUCGUGACACCUUCAUGAAUGUUACAGUAUCAUAACACAUUUAUUCAGCAUCAUGUAUAAGGGGUCUACGGUGUACCCACCAGUUAGCAUACUCUUUCCAUAGGAUACUGAACCAAUGUAAACACAGUCAUUGGUACUGACAAAAACUACGCUUUGCUUUGUGUAUUGCUCAACAGGGGAAAAAAGUGCUCUUGCGUCAAAGUUACUGUAGGUGCUUGUGUCAACAAGUGGCAUGAUUACAUUCCUAACAAUUAACGUCCAUUCAUACCCAAAAACGGAAGUCAACCAGGGCCCAGGGAGAGGACGGAGUGAGUUAUCCGUUUGGAAUUAGAUCAAUGCCUUCUGUUGCCAAGAAAGACUCAAGACUGUUGAGCAGAGUCAUAAUAAAUGUUCUCCCUGUGUCUGUGGCGUUAUUAACAGAGCAGUGGAGAUAAGAAAUGUUCUCCCUGUGUCUGUGGCGUUGUUAGCAGAGCAGUGGAGAUAAAUGUUCUCCCUGUGUCUGUCUUUAUUUUGUGGCCUUACAUCACAUCAAUGGAUGAAGAUUGUUGACCGUACCGCAUCAUACAGUAGCUACAAUUGACAAUUGGAUGAGGCUAUAGAGACUUCCUCACUCACCAGAAUGGAUAGCUUACUCUCAUCUGUUAAAUCCCACUGGACUUUUGAUUGUUUCUUGUGGAAUAAGUCGAAUAUAUUUGUGUGGACAUGUAUGCCUUACUGUGUUUUGUUUAAAAUCAAUUUAAAAAGCUGCAAAUCUGUCUCUGCAGUCUACAUAGAUCAGUCAUCUCUACAGUACAGGGCCUUCAGAAAGUAUUCAUACCACUUAUUCCACAUUUUGUUGUUACAGCCUGAAUUCAAAAUAGAUCAAGUAGAUUUGUUUUCCUCACACACAAUACCACAUAAUGAUUUUUUUUUGUUUGUUUUUAAAUGUAUUGCAAACUAAAUACAGAAAUAUCUAAUGUACAUAAGUAUUCACACCCCUGAGUCAAUACUUUAUAGAAGCACCUUUGGCAGUGAUUACAGCUGUGAGUGUUUCUGGGUAAGUCUCAGAGCUUUACUCACCUGGAUUGUGCAACAUUUGCCCAUUUAUUAUUUUCUAAAUUCUUCCAAGCUCUGUCAAAUUGGUUGUUGAUCAUUGCUAGACAACCAUUUUCAGGUCUUGCCAUAGAUUUUCAAUUUGAUGAAGUCAAAACUGUAACUCGGCCACUCGGGAACAUUCCCGGUCUUCUUGGUAAGCAACUCCAGUGUAGUUUUGUCAUAUGUGUUAGGUUAUUGUCCUGCUGAAAGAUGAAUUAAACUCCCAUUAUCUGGUGGAAAGCAGACUGAACCAGGUUUUCCUCUAGGAUUUUGCCUGUGCAUAUUUCCAUUCCAUCAAUUUUUAUCCUGAAAAACAUGAUGCAGCAGCCACUGUGGUUGAAAAUAUGGAGUGGUACUUAGUAAUGUGUUGUAUUAGAUUUGCCCAAAACAUAACACUUAGUAUUCAGGGAAAAAAUUGAAUUGCUUUGCCACAUUUUUUGCAGUAUGACAUUAGUGCCUUGUUGCAAUCAGGAAGCAUGUUUUGGAAUAUUUUUACUCGGUACAGGCUUCCUUCUUUUCACUCUGUCAGUUAGGUUAGUAUUGUGGAAUAACUACAGUGUUGUUGAUCCAUCCUCAGUUUUCUCCUAGCACAGCCAUUCAACUCUGUUUUAAAGUCACCAUUGGCCUCAUGGUGAAAUUCAUGAGUGGUUUCCUUUCUCUGCGGCAACUGAGUUAGGAAGGACACAUAUCUUUAUAAUUAAUUUGUAAAAAUGUUCGAAAAACAUAAUCCCACUUUGACGUUAUUGUAUGUAGGCCAUUUUAAUCCAUUUUAAAUUCAGGCUGUAACACAAGAAAAUGUGGAAAAAGUCAAGGGGUGUGAAUACUUUCUGAAGGCGCUGUAUGUUGUCCUGUUUGAAAUAUGUUAGGCUGUAGCAUGAUCUAUGUGUGCCUUUCUCUGAGAAGUAAUGAAUGUCCAACAUCUAUGUCCAAUGUCCAAAAACAUGGAAACUCGCAUGAUA